CUUGCUACAGCCGAGAAGAGAAUAUCGGUAACAAUGCAAAGUCUAAGGAAUCUAACCGCUUACGCCUUCACUUUGUUGCUGGUCGCAACAUUUGUGUCCCACGCUUGGAGCGCUCCGAAGGGUAGCUUCCAGCGAAGAAACUGGACACCCCAGGCCAUGCUGUAUUUGAAAGGAACACAGGGACGGAGGUCUGUCCCAGAAGAUGUAAAGGAGAAAGACGUCUACGACAGUCUACACUUUGAGACUCGUAAUAUUGAGAAGCUGAGUGUAUCCAAAGCUGCUUCAAUUCUCCUGAAUUUUCUUCAGCGAGCCAAAGAAGAAGGGGAUGACAAUGAACCGCAGGCUUACUUUCCAGACGUUCCUGGAUGGAAACAAGACUACUUCUGAGGAGGAAACUAAAUAUAAGUGUAUAUACAUAAUUAUGCAUUGUAUAUUGUUCUUUUUUUAAAUGUUGGACUGAACUGUAAUUUAUUCUGCCAGAAAAAGUGUUUGUAUGUGUGCAGAAUGGAGCCACUGCUCAUAAGUGUUUGAGGAGCGUUUGAAUUAAACAGAACAAACAUGCAUUCAUAGUCACUGUUGCAAAGUGAA